UACACAACGAAUGUGCACAGAAGCAGAAAUACAAGCUUAUGGCCAAAGUUUUGCUAGUGGGAAGUCAGGAACCAGAUCUAGCUUUUUGAAGCCCAACAUAAAUUGUAAUUUGAGCUCAUGGGUUAAUGGUUGUGAACCCGGAUGGGGUUGCAAAGCUAAUCAAAAAGUAGACAUUGGUAGUCACAAGAAGGGCAUACCUAUCAGAUCCGUUGAUUGCCAACCUUGUUGUGAAGGCUUCUUUUGCCCUCAUGGUCUCACUUGCAUGAUCCCUUGCCCAUUAGGCUCUUAUUGUCCACGUGCACAACUCAAUAAAACUAGUGGAGUAUGUGAACCAUAUCGUUAUCAGCUUCCUCCUGGAAAGCCUAACCAUACUUGUGGUGGGGCAGAUAUUUGGGCAGAUAUUCAGAGUAGUAGUGAGGUGUUCUGUUCAGCAGGGUCAUUUUGUCCCUCUACAAUUGUAAAAAAUCCUUGCAAUAAAGGGUAUUAUUGUAGAACAGGUUCUACUACUCAGGAGCGGUGUUUCAAGUUGGCAUCUUGCGAGCCUAAGUCAUCAAAUCAAAAUAUUACUGCAUAUGGUGUCUUAGUUUUUGCUGGCUUGUGUUUUUUGCUUAUUAUCAUAUACAAUUGUUCUGACCAAGUUCUUGCAACUCGAGAAAAAAGACAAGCAAAAUCAAGAGAAAGAGCUGCUCAAAGUGUGCGAGAAUCACAAGCACGUGAAAAAUGGAAAUCUGCAAAAGACACCGCUAAAAAGCAUGCAGUAGGACUACAAUCACAAUUAUCACGUACAUUUUCUCGCAAAACUUCAAAGAAUCCAGAUUUGAAAGGUUUUGGUUCUAAACAUUCGGAUUCUACUUUACCACCUGUUGGUACAUCAAAGGGAAAGAAAAAGGACAAAAACAAUCUCUCAAAAAUAAUAAAUGACAUUGAGGAAAAUCCUAAUAAUUCAGAAGGGUUUAAUGUUCAGAUAGGAGAUAAAAAUGUCAAAAAACAAGCACCAAGGGGCAAGCAAUUACACACUCAAAGUCAAAUUUUCAAGUAUGCAUAUGGCCAGAUUGAAAAAGAGAAGGCUUUAGCAGAACAAAACAAAAACUUAACCUUUUCUGGAGUAAUUUCAAUGGCUAAUGACAUUGAGAUAAGGAAGAGACCUACCAUUGAGGUUGCUUUCAAAGACUUAACCCUCACUUUGAAAGGGAAAAAUAAACAUUUAUUGAGAUGUGUGACUGGUAAAUUACAUCCAGGUAGAGUUUCAGCAGUCAUGGGUCCAUCUGGGGCCGGCAAGACAACAUUUCUUUCUGCUUUAACUGGAAAAGCAACUGGAUGUCACACAACUGGGCAAGUUCUUGUAAAUGGUAAAGAAUCUUCUAUCAGAUCAUACAAGAAAAUCAUAGGUUUUGUGCCACAAGAUGAUAUUGUGCAUGGCAAUUUGACAGUGGAGGAAAAUCUAUGGUUUAGUGCUAGAUGCAGACUCUCUGCUGAUCUACCAAAAGAAGAGAAGGUGUUAGUGGUUGAAAGAGUCAUUGAGUCAUUAGGUCUACAAGCAAUAAGGGAUUCUUUAGUUGGGACAGUGGAGAAACGAGGAAUCUCUGGAGGUCAAAGGAAAAGAGUAAAUGUAGGAUUGGAAAUGGUUAUGGAACCUUCCCUUUUAAUUUUGGAUGAACCCACUUCUGGUUUGGAUAGCUCAUCUUCUCAAUUACUACUUAGAGCACUUAGACGUGAAGCUCUUGAGGGAGUAAACAUAUGUAUGGUCCUUCACCAACCGAGUUACACCUUGUUCAAGAUGUUUGACGAUUUUAUACUACUUGCAAAGGGAGGCCUGACAGUGUAUCAUGGACCAGUGAACAAAGUGGAAGAGUAUUUUUCAAGCAUGGGCAUCAAUGUCCCUGACCGUGUUAACCCUCCAGAUUACUUCAUUGACAUUUUAGAAGGAAUAGUAAAAUUAAGCCCAAGCUUAGGAGUGAACUAUAAACAACUACCUGUUAGAUGGAUGCUUCAUAAUGGGUACCCUGUGCCCAUGGAUAUGCUACAAACUAUGGAAGGAAUGGCUGCGCCAAGUGGUGAAGGUUCAUCACAUGGAGCAGCAACUGCUACAGAAAACAACGAAGCACCUUCUUUUGCUGGAGAACUUUGGCAGGAUGUAAAGUGCAAUGUUGAGAUGAAAAAGGAUAACCUUCACCUGAACUUCUUAAGUUCAAAUGAUUUGUCUGAUCGAUUAACACCAGGAGUGUUCAACCAAUACAAAUACUUUCUUGGAAGAGUUGGUAAGCAGCGACUAAGAGAAGCUAGAACACAGGCUGUGGAUUUUUUGAUUUUGCUUUUAGCUGGCCUUUGCUUAGGAACACUUGCUAAAGUGAGUGAUGAAUCAUUUGGAGCAACUGGUUACACAUACACUGUAAUAGCAGUAUCUCUCCUUUCUAAAAUCGCAGCUUUAAGAUCAUUCUCAUUGGAUAAGUUGCACUAUUGGCGAGAAAGUUCUUCAGGCAUGAGUAGUUUGGCUUACUUUCUAUCAAAAGAUACCGUUGACCAUUUUAGCACAAUUAUCAAGCCACUAGUUUACCUUUCCAUGUUUUAUUUCUUCAACAAUCCAAGAUCUUCAGUCACAGAUAACUACAUGGUUCUGUUGUGUUUAGUCUAUUGUGUCACUGGCAUAGCUUAUGUGUUAGCAAUCUUUCUUCAACCAGGUCCAGCACAACUGUGGUCAGUGUUACUUCCAGUAGUUUUGACUCUGGUAGCAACCUAUAGCAAUGAGGAAGAUAGCAAAUAUAUAAAAUUUCUAUCUGACUUGUGCUACACCAAGUGGGCUCUUGAAGCAUUUGUAAUAUCAAAUGCUAAAAGAUACACUGGAGUUUGGUUAAUAAGUCGAUGUGGGGCACUCUAUACUAAUGGCUAUGAUCUUAAACAUUGGUACCAAUGUUUAGGCCUUCUUAUCGUAAUGGGAAUCAUUAGUCGCAUGCUUGCUUUUUCCUGUAUGAUAACAUUCCAGAAGAAAUAGUUUCAACAGCUUCAAUCCCUUUAGUUUCUUUUUGGACAAAUUUAAAGACGGUAAGCCCAAAACUGUGACUGGUGCUACAACUUGUGGUGUGUGCCCAACAACUGUGUAAAGCAACAUGACAUUGGUGUAUCUUGGUAUAGACAAAAGUUUAUUAGAGCAAGUCUGACAUUUGAUAGGUGUGGAUAAUGUAGCAUUGUACUUCCUUGAAAGAUAAUCAUUCUCACUAAUUGUCAUUUUCAUCACAAUAACUAGUUUCAA